AUGGUUGAUUACGUGCUACUACCAGUCAGUGUAUUGAUUUACAUUUCGAAAAAUAUGCCUUGUGUAAUUAACUGACAUUGAUAUUAAAUUUGACAGAUAUGUUUUGUUAGGUUAUUUGAAUUUGUGGCAACAAAGAAUUUAGAGGGAUGCUGAUUUGAAAAAGUUGUAGGGAUGGAAGUUAGUCCUCUUUGUAUUAUAUUGGUUAAAUCUGAUAGUAAGGGUGACAGAUUAUUGUUUAGGUAUCCAUUUCAAAGUAAACUAAAUAAUGAACCCUCUAACACUAGAAGAAAAAAUCCUUAUACUCUCCCUGUAGUAGACGAUUUACUUCAUCGUAAUAACAAUCUUUUUUCAAAUAUAAACAAAGAAAAUUUGACCGGUUUCACCGAUGAAGUUCUUUCUUCACUUUUUGCGGUUAAAACUGAGUUGUAUAACAAAAAGUUUGAGUUAAAAGUAAACGAUGUUAGAUUCGUAAGUCAUCCUACCUUAUUACAAUUAAGGAAUAAGCGUGAAAAAGAGGAUGAAUCUGGAAUGUUAGUUAAUAUUGUUUUCGCGUUACAAGCAUUAGCUAGUCAUUCUGUAGUAAAAUGUUAUCAUGAUUUGAGUAAGAGAAUGGGUAUUGUUCUUAAAUACGAGGAAAAGAGAUGUGGUUACGUUUCGGAUCAAACUCAAUUAAUGACUACUGCUCACGAUGAUGGAUUUACUAAUACCCCAAGUAAUGCUUUUACUUUGAUAUUAGAAAAAUGUUCUUUAGCUGCUAAUAUUAAGAAAAUGUACGACGAUCUAUGUUCAACGGGGCUUGUUAGUUUAAGAAUAAACAAAUGGAUUCCUCUAAGUUUUUGUUUACCACAAAAAGUGCAUCAAUGGCAUAUGAGAGGGAAGAUUGUAGAACCGGGGGAUAUUGACAGAUGUCUAAAUGCACUAAGACCUUAUCAUAGUUUAUUAUUACUGCAUCCUUUAAAUCAAAUGAACGAUUUUACAUCAUUGGAUGGUUCACCUUCUCUAAACAGAAUGCUUUCUCAAUAUUCACCUCUAAAAAAUUUACAAACCCUUGCAGCUGAUUCUGAUUUAACAUUAACACAUGUUUUUGAACUAACCUCUCAUUUAGUAUAUUGGGCAAAAGCAACGGUUAUAUUCCCGAUAUGUUCUACUAAUAAAUACGUUAUAUCUCCAAAUGCUCCGAUACAUUUGAACUCGCCAUUAAUAGAUAAAUUUAAAGAAGCUUUUCCAGGUUUGAAUUUGAUACGUUGUAUAGGUGAAUUUUCCCUUCCGACGUCUUUGGGACAAAAGUGUAACCCUUUAUGUCACCCUUCUCAGCAAUCACAACUAGUACAAACUAUUAUUUGGAUGUUACAACAACAUUUAUUGUUGCAGCUGCAUACUUAUAUUCAGUACAUGCCUACAGAUAACGGAUUGCUUAUAAAUAAAGUGGAUGCUGUUAAAAAACAUUUACCGUCACCUAGAAGCAGCACUGUUCUUUCUAAUUAUCAAACAGCUGAUAGGACUGAGUCAGAAAGUGGGGCUUCAACAAUUUCUGAAGCAACAGAAAUUACGUCUAGUAGAAACGCUUAUUUAUUAGAGAAUAUGAGUUUCACUUCGACAGAAGAUGAUAAACAGGAUUAUCAAGAGGAAUUACUAUUGGACUUUCCAGAUGAAGAAAGAAGUUCGAUUUUUAAGAUCCCUGCGACGAAUACCCCGGAAGAUCUGAAAUUAUUCGCCCGGUUAUGUAGAAAGGAAUAUUUCCAAGGAAACCACCACGUGGAGGAGAUUAUGUACCUGGAGAAUCUGCGGAGGAGUCAGUUGUUGCAAUUGUUGGAUAAAUUUAGGGACGUUUUGAUAACUUAUGAAACUGAAGAUCCAGCUAUAGCCAUGUUUUCCUGCUCAUCAUAGCAGAUUUUCGAAAUUUCCAUUAUUCCAUUUCGUACCGUAAAUUAUUCAACGGAAUUUGGAAUUUUCGAGCUUUAUUUUAAUAAUGGAACAAUCAGAGCUGGUAUUUAUAUACAGAGUAAUUAAUUAUUCUACAAAAUAAACUGUUCUAUCCUAUCCAUGUUCGAAUACUAAUGCAAAACAUACGAAUGUUUAAAAAAUCAUAUCUACCAAACUAAUGACUGGAUUAAGUUGAAAUUCUAGAGUAGUCUUACUCAAGAUAAGGUUCAACAGGAAAAAAAUUAACAAGUCGCUAACUCAACCAUUUUUGAGAAUACGUUUCCACAAACAUGACAAAUAACGUACACACGGGUUUAGGGUCAAAACCAGAACUUGACUAAAACUACUAUAUAAAUAAUCUCACUCGGAAUGUACGAAAUAGAAUAAUUCUACGGUUGAUGCUAUUACCCCAAUUUAUGUAAGGGUUAAAAUAAUAACAAUUUCUUAAAAAAAAUUUAUUUCCCACUAUUAAAAUUUUUUUACAAUAUGCAAAUCACGUUUUUAAUAAUACUGAUCUAUUAUUUCAAGCUUCACACGCAGUGUCUUUGAUUGCAUCAUCGAUUUUAAUUCUCAUUAUUCUAUAAUUGAUUUGAUUCGGAUCUAAUUGUUUGUAAAUAAAAAUUGGCAUUCGAUCCGAUAGAAUCCAGAGAUUCCUUUCGGCAUCGAUCUGAAAAUAAAACUUCAUUAUAUUAAAUUUCCAAUAAAAAAAAAUCGAUUCUAUUACCGAAAUAUCGUUAGUGAAAAUCAAUUUUUCAUGAUCUUGAACUAUCAAUGGAAAAUUAUCAGGUUCGAGUUUAGUUCUGGGGUUCCAGCAGGCUAUACCAUCUCUUUGUAGCUGCGUUAUGAAUAAAACGUUGGUUUUCACAUCGAAAUCUGAUGAUGAAGAUUGUCCUUUAUCAUCUUUGAUACCUUCCAACUAAAUUAAGGAGAAAAAUUAUGAAUUAUUUGAUCGAAUUCCACGAUUCUCAAAUGUGCGCCCCUGAUUAAUGCAGUAGAUGGAAGGGAAAAAAAAUUGUCGAUGAAACUUCACGAUUCUUAAGUACGUGUUUAGAUGUAGUAUAAUUGGAAAAAAAAAAUUAUGAGUGUUAAGUACGUCUCGGUUUACGAUUCCUAAGUACGCCCCUGAUCAGGAACAAUAGAAUUUAAAAAAAUGAAUUAUUUGAUGAAAUU